AUGACUUAUUCAUGCAAUAUUCUUGUCCCCCGCUUUUUGUUACUAAUCGUUUUCUCACUCGCUCUGACCGCAAACGCGGAUUCUUUCGAAUCGCUCCUCCAGCUCCCUCGAAGACAGUCGCGCUCCACCCGGCCCCGACUCCGACCUAGAUCCGAACGGCUCCUCCACGUCGGCGACUACGGAGCCAAAGGCAAUGGCUUCAACGACGACACUCAAGCGUUUGCAGAAGCUUGGAAGAGAGCUUGUUCUUCCAAAGUCAAAACAAGAAUAUUGGUCCCACAAAACUACACUUCCCUUGUUAGGCCCAUUGAUCUGUCUGGACCUUGUAAAGCAAGACUCACUCUCCAGAUAUCUGGUAGAAUCAUUGCUCCUGAAGACCCAGAUGUCUGGGAAGGCCUAAACCCUCGGAAAUGGCUAUACUUCCAUGGCGUGAGCCGCUUGACCGUAGAAGGAGGCGGCACUGUAAAUGGAAUGGGGCAAGAAUGGUGGAGAAGAUCUUGCAAACACAAUCACUCCAACCCUUGUCAUGGCGCCCCAACGGCGUUGACAUUCCACAACUGCAAGAAUAUGAGAAUUGAGAACCUCAAUGUGAUGGAUAGUCAACAAAUGCACAUUGCCUUGACGAGCUGUCGCCGUGUGACCAUCUCUGGUGUAAAGGUCAUAGCUCCGGCUACUAGUCCCAACACAGAUGGGAUUCACAUUAGCGCCUCUCGUGGUAUCCUUGUAGACAACACCACUGUCAGCACAGGAGAUGAUUGUGUUUCCAUAGUAAGAAACUCUUCACAGAUAUACAUCAGCAACAUUAUAUGUGGUCCUGGCCAUGGCAUUAGCAUUGGAAGCAUAGGAAAAUCGAAAUCUUGGGAGGAAGUUAAAGACGUAACGGUUGAUACGGCCUUCAUAUCUGACACUACCAAUGGUGUUCGGAUCAAAACAUGGCAGGGAGGAAGUGGUUUGGUCUCGAACGUACUCUUUAAGAACAUCAAUAUGAACAAUGUGUCGCACCCCAUUAUCAUUGAUCAGUAUUACUGCGAUUCCCGGAAGCCGUGUUCUAAUCAGACAUCAGCUGUUACCAUUGAGAAAAUCUCAUAUGUUCAAGUGAGAGGCACUUCAGCGUCAAAACAAGCAAUCAAGAUCUCUUGCAGUGACACUUCACCGUGUCGCAACAUACAUUUAGAAGACAUUGAUCUUGAGCCAUCAAACGACGAUGGUUUCACAGAGUCAUUCUGCUUUGAAGCUUAUGGUUCGAGUUCAGGUGAAGUGUACCCUCCUCCUUGCCUCUCUGAUGAGACAAGCGUCUUGGAACAGUCUGUCCCCUCUGGGACCUCAUCUGUAUUAGACCUUUGA